UAAGAAACGAAACCCUAAAAGGAUCAUUUGGACAAUAAGCGGCGCAUCUGAAUCCAAAACGAACAAAAAUGACGACCGAGAAAACGAGCAAGUUCCGAUGGGGGGAGAUGGACGAAGACGACGAUCUGGAUUUCCUCCUCCCUCCCAAGCAAGUGAUUGGCCCAGACGAGAACGGUUUGAAGACGACGAUCGAGUACAAGUUCAACGAAGAAGGCAACAAGGUCAAGAUCACGACCAGGUCACGUGUCCGUAAGCUAGCUUCCGCGAGGCUCAACAAACGGGCCAUGGAGAGGAGGAGCUGGCCUAAGUUCGGAGACGCGGCGAAUGAGGACGCUGGUAGCCGUCUCACCAUGGUUUCUACCGAAGAGAUUCUUAUGGAACGACCUAGAGCUCCUGGUACCAAAGCAGAUGAUUCAAAGGCAGCAGGAGACAGCUUAUCUCAGCUUACUAAAGGUGGUGCAGUCCUCAUGGUUUGCAGGACAUGCGGCAAGAAAGGUGAUCACUGGACAUCCAAAUGCCCUUACAAGGAUCUAGCUGCACCAACCGAUGUCUUUGUCGACAAGCCACCUACAGGAGAAACAUCUGCCGUAUCCGCUGUACCUGGAUCUGGCAAGGCCGCUUAUGUCCCGCCUAGCAUGAGAGCAGGUGCGGACAGAAGCGCUGGUGGUUCAGACAUGAGGAGGAGGAACGAUGAGAACUCUGUGCGUGUGACUAACUUGUCUGAAGACACCCGUGAACCAGAUUUGAUGGAGCUCUUCCAUCCUUUUGGAGCUGUCACUCGUGUCUAUGUGGCGAUUGAUCAGAAAACUGGAGUGAGCAGAGGGUUUGGUUUCGUCAAUUUCGUGAGCAGAGAAGACGCUCAACGAGCCAUUAACAAACUGAAUGGUUAUGGUUAUGAUAACCUCAUCCUCAGGGUUGAAUGGGCCACUCCAAGACCCACCUAGAGAAUGUCUCGAGUCUUUCAAAAACUCGUUCUCGUUUUCAGUCUGUUCUGCUAUGGCUUCUUGUGUUAUCAACCGAUUUUGUUGGUUUGGUUCGGAUUAUAUGAGAAAACUUCUUUAAUACAUGCAUGUUUAAAAUAGUUGUUAACGAUUUCC